CCAUCUAGUCCCCGGAUAUUACAAGAGACACGGGGGUUGGCCUCCUCUGCUCUCACACCCCUGCUUACAUCCAUGGGACCACCUCAGGCACAAUCAUAGACUUUUGCCCUUUCACCUGCUGCCUCUUCCGAAACCCCUUCUCCUCCUCGAAGGCCCCUGCUGACUGUCUUUAGGGGCCAGUAACUUCUUAAUCACAAGUUAUCCUGUCAUCGUCAUCAUCGUCAGUAGUCAUCGUCCUGGCGGUUACAGUCUGUCGUUAAUCCAGCUCAAUCAAGGCCGUGGUGAGGUACCUAAUAGUGUCAUGUCUACCACAGGGAAUCGAGAUCCAACCAAAGAGAGCCGAGAUAACCCAGUAACCCUUGAGGGAGAGUGGGUACAGGAAGCUGCAGAGGGCUGCAGGAUAGACCACGAGUCCGGCCUAGGUGGGGCCUCUGCCACACCCGCAGUUGAAAUAAUGGCCGUUUGUCCUAGGGAGGUGGAGAAUGUUGGGCUUGAAAGAAACCCAGGGGAAGACGAUGACAGGGAAGAGAGUGUGGCUGCUGAGGAAGACUCAGAUAUUGCUCCUGUUAAGGAGGAGGCGGAAGAACGGGAGGAGGAGGAAAAUGUGGAAAAUCAAGACGUGGAGAACACCCAUCAGUUCCCAAUGGCUGGCUUCCGAUUUGUGUUUCUGGAUCUGAUCCACGCCAUUCUCAAUCGUGUCUAUUACAACAACCAUGUCAUGAUUAGGCGCCCCCGUGAAGACCAAGUGAGGGAAACACCUGGCCCUUCUGCAUCUGGCCGCUCAAGUGAGGUCCAAGUACCACCCGGGCCCAUUCCAUCAACAGUGAGGGCUGCAGAGUGUGAGGGCCGCACCCCAGGCCUGGCCCGAAGCCUGCCAGAAGUCAUCUCCACAUUUCCGGAGCUGGAGGAGCCUAUAGACUUCGAGGAAGCAGAUUAUUACCUGCGGGAGCCAGAUCUUUGGGUGCAGGAGCCAGCAGUUAGGGCAGCAGCCGAGGAACCAGCCGAGCAAGCAAUGGAAGAGGUGGCAGCAGUGGUGACAGCGGAAGAUCCAGCAAAGGAAGUCAUGGAGCAAAUCAUGGCCUCAGAGGAUGAAUGCCAUUGUGAUAUCUGGAAUGAAGAGGAAAACAUCUUUGAGGAGGAGGAGGAGGAAAAAGGAGAAGAAAAGAAAAACCAAGGAGCACUUGAAGUGGACCCAGAUCCAGCAGGCUCCAGUACCAGCAAAUCCAGUUAAGAAGAAUAGGAAGAAAAGGAUGAAGAAGGAAGGCUUUCUGAACUUAACUAAAUUUAG